AUGUCAGGACCUCACAAUGAACCAGCCAGCAACGUGGCGUACGACCCUCUACCAUUGACAAGCGACGACCAGCACACUGACGCCCUCUACAAUGCCGCGUCCCCACUUCCCUCCGCUCCCAGUACCCCCGCAACCGCGAGUCCAGGAUCUACCUGCCGACGACUUUGGAAUUACCUUCCGGCGCUGCCCAGCCCCGUUUCCUCGGUGCUGCCCUUGUACAACGAAGGAGGACCAGUCAUUCGCGACUCGUACCACUCCCAAGGAACAUUUCCUUCCACUGGAGGUAGAGACUCCGAAUACAGUUCUUCAGUGUAUGCCCUGAACGACACUCAGCACCAAAACCAAGGCAGCGGGGGCUUCGAGGCUGGCUACCGCGAUGAUCCACGCGACACGGAAUAUUAUGGAGGCGAGGGAGAGAGGGGUAUCGGCAUGGCCCCAAGAAACGCGCUGUUUACUGCUGCCCCAAGUCCUAAACGGAAGGUUAUCAUUGCUGCAGGGGCCGCCGCCGCCGCCCUCCUCAUCCUCGCCAUCGUCAUUCCUGUGUACUUCGCAUGUUGUCAAACCCAAGAAUACCACGAGUUCCGGCAGCUAAUGGCAGCAGCAACGACAAUAGCGGUAAUAGUGGGAACACUAGUCCGUCAGCCUACCAGCACUGGCAAGCCAACUGUCGCGGCUGUGACAGGCGGUGAUGGGUCCAAAAUCACGACAGAGGAUGGAACGCAGUUCACGUAUUCAAAUUCGUUCGGUGGAUACUGGUACUACGAUCCUAACGACCCGUUCAACAACGGAGCACGACCUCAAUCGUGGAGCCCUGCACUAAACGAGACGUUCAACUAUGGCGUCGAUAGAAUUAGAGGUGUCAACCUUGGUGGAUGGCUUACCAUCGAACCUUUCAUGCGAAACUAUAGUUCCCCUGCUUUAUUUGAGCCCUUCGCGGAUACUAGCAGCCCGGCCGUCGAUGAAUACACUCUGCAUACCUUACUAGCAGCGGAUUCUGGAAAUGGGGGCCUUGACCAGAUCAAGGAGCAUUACCAGACAUUUAUCACAGAACAAGACUUCGCUGAGAUUGCCGGCGCGGGCCUAAACUAUGUUCGGAUACCCUUGCCGUAUUGGGCCAUUGAAACCCGGGGAGAUGAACCCUUCUUGCCUAAAGUUGCUUGGACCUACUUCCUGAAAGCCAUCGAAUGGUGUCGUAAGUAUGGCCUGCGAAUCAACCUAGACUUCCAUGCCCUACCAGGCAGCCAGAACGGAUGGAACCACUCUGGUAAACUUGGAACUAUUAACUUCCUAAACGGCCCUAUGGGUUACGCAAAUGCGCAACGCUCCUUGGACUAUAUUCGUAUCUUCGCGGAAUUCAUAUCACAGCCUCAAUACCGGGAUGUCGUGACAAUGUUCGGGAUUGCGAACGAAGUUCAAGGUUCCGUUGUCGGCGAAGACCAGACUAAGGCUUUCUAUCUUGAAGCUUACGACAUUGUUCGCAAUGCUGGAGGUGUUGGUGAAGGGAAGGGGCCUUGGUGGUCUGGUUUCCUACCUGAUGCCGACCGGAUCACCCUUGAUUCUCAUCCAUACAUCACCUACGCCACGACGCCCUGUACCACCUGGGGAUCCCUUGUAAAUGGAACAAUGAGCGACUUUGGUCUUGCCAACGCUGGUGAAUUCAGUCUUGCCGUUACUGAUUGUGGUGAAUACCUCAACGGUGUUAACUUGGGGACUCGAUACGAGGGAAAUUAUACUGGUUACACGACGUCGGUGGGAAGUUGCACGGAGUGGACUGAUUGGAAGAGCUGGGACGCUGACAUGAAGAGUGCUAUGAAGCAAUUCUCCCUAGCAAGUAUGGACGCACUUCAAGACUGGUUCUUCUGGACGUGGAAAAUAGGCAAUUCAAGUAUUUCAGGCCAAAUUGAGUCCCCAGCCUGGUCGUAUCAGCUUGGCCUCCAACAAGGCUGGUUGCCAAAGGAUCCUCGUGACGCGGUUGGAACAUGUGGUAACUCAAGCCCUUGGACAGGUACUCUUAGCGCUGGAUCCGGCAGCAUCCCAGCGAGUGUCAGCAGCUCCCUAUCGUGGCCCCCUGCAACUAUUAGCAAUGGCGGUGCGCUUACGCUCCUGCCUUCGUAUACUCCUACCGGAGUUGUUCCGACGCUCCCUGCUCAGACGGUGACAGCCAGUGCAACUGCUUCUAUCGAUGCCGGGGACGGAUGGAAUAACAGCGGUGACAAGGAUGGGCUGAUGGUGAAUAUCUCGUCAUGCAGCUAUUUGGAUCCUUGGGUGGGGCCUACAGCGGCACCACCGUCGCCCUUGUGCUCAUAAAGCGUUCAUUCCCCUUGUCAUGUCACACUUCGUCCACCCUCCUUUCCGUUACUCUAUUGACUUUGAUCGCUGCUAUCUUGUUUGAUACUUUGUGGAAUUUCCCCUCCUUGCCGUCUUACAGACAGUAUCGGUUGUAGGCUGCUCUUUC